UCAGUUACAUCCGAAGCAAAUAUGGCCAAAGCUAAGAUUUAACAAAGCUGGUUGGCGAUUAUCCAAGGUUUGUUUUAUUAUUUUUAUGCCUCUCUGAGUGCUGGAAAUAUUUAAUAAUAAAAAAGUUUUAAACAAAAAAAUCUGAUCAUGCUACUCCCACACUCCCCUUGCUUAAAGCGGCUUUGAGGAUGAAGAUGAACUACUAUCCCUGCUUUCCACCACUUCUUCCUUUUGAUUCUUAUUAUGGAAAAUCUCAAGCACGCAUGAAAGUAGAAUGAGGAAUAUUAGGAACCCCCUGAAUCUGGCCCCCACCGGGCUGCUUCCUAAGGCCUGCGAGGGCCUGCGUGACUGAGUCCUUCCCCGCUCUCCAGCUUCCUUCUGCAUAUACUACCUUCUUACUCAAGUCUGGCCACCCUGGCCUUCCUUCUCUUUUUCUAAUGGGUGGCUUCCUUCCCAUCUCAGGACUUCAGUAAGAUACGCUUUCUCAGGGAGGCCGUCCCUGACUUCACAGCCUGGAUCUCCUGUCAAACACAUUCACAACACCUUCUCCUUCUCCAUCAUCCCACUCAAUGAAACAUCGAGGCUUUCUGUGUCUUUCUCCCUCACCAGGCUGUAAGCUGCAGCGUUCAGUGGGGACCACAGGCACGGGAAACACUAUAUAUGAUGUGACAGACGCGGUGAGUGAGGGGGGUGUAGAAUGCCGUUGGGAGCCCAGAGGAAGUCCACUCACCCCUGGAUAGCCCUCCCAGAUGAAGUGGCAUUCAAGUUGCAUUUGGAAGGAUAUUUAAUAGUUUGUCAUGGAGAGGCCAUGUGGUAAAGGCAUAAUACAGAGAGGGAAGGAAAGAGGCUUAGAGGAAGGAAACUGCGGGAUGUGUGCAGUCAACACAAGGAGGUCGUCAGUAGCUAAAGGGGGAGUCUGUGGGGUGGGCAGGAAAAGGGUAGGCUGUGCAUGACAGAAGAUAAGGCUAGAAAGGUGCAUUGGGUCACAUCGGGAAGCUCGUUGAGUGCCAUGCUAAGGAGCCUGGAUUUAAAACUGGCAGCGAGGAACCAGAAGACGGCUCCACACUCAAUCCAAUCAAGCUAAAAUUAUUAUAUAUUUUAUACUUUAUAUAAUUACUUAGGGGUUACCUACUUCAGCCAUCUGCCUGUUACAGUUGAAAAACUGAGGCCUGACCAUGGUCUUGUGUUCCCGCUUCCCUUAUUCUUAACUCAUCAGUAUGUCAAACCCCAGAGGACAGAAAGCUGUGGCAGGUUGGCAGGAAGGCCCUGGAAAAGGUGAGGAAGAUGAAGCUUCCUCCCUCCUCAGAGAAUGAAUAAGAGCAUGGCCCCUCUCCUGGCCUUGGGAGGAGGCCACCCUGGAAUUGGAAAACUUGGACAUCCUAGUGCUGACCCCAAACCCCAAAUGUGCCAUCUCCUUGGGGAUGGUGAUUGUCUGGCUUGUGGUGGCCUCCUGGGAACGGGCCAAGGACACGGAGCAGAGAGCCAGGGAGUUCCCGCUAGUGCACUUACCACCCACUCAAGAGCUGGUGGCAGCCAAGAGGCAACGCUGUACCAUUAAGGUGUUUGUCAAGCAGCUAAGCUGGGCAUUGUGGGCGAGCCUGAGGGCCCUUUUUAGACUGGCUGUAAGUGAAAAGGAAAAAAAAAAAAAAAGACAGCGCUUGGAGGCAAACCAGAGCUAGCGUGGAGGGUGUAGCAUGGCAGAGAGAACCCUCCCUAGGAGGCAGGGAUGCUAACUCCAUUUCCUCUCUCAACCUGCUCUGUGAUUUUGGAUAAGUCAUUUCUCCUUUCAUGUUUUAUCUUGCUCUUCUGCAAAACAAGUGUAUUAAAUCAGAUGGUUUCAAAGUAUGUUGACCAGUGAAUUUUCUAGAUACCUGAAUAGUUAAGCCUUCAAGUUUCAGAUUUUAAAAAAUUAGUUAUAAUGGAGGUGGGCUCAGUGGCAAGGCUGGGACCUCAGUGGUACGGGUGGAGGAGGAAGCAGGGCUCUGGCAAGACAGGAGCUGGGGGACUGACACGAUGGUAGGGCUGAUCCCUGAGGCAUCACCACAGCGUGAUGGUGGCCCAUCUCUUGCCAGAGAGUGUGGGAGCAAAAACACAGACAACAACAUUGUGAGAGUCCUUACUUUCUGCCAGAAUCUGCUAAAUGCUUCUCAUGCAUGUAUUCAUUCCCCACUGCUGCAGAAACAAAUUACCACAAACUUAGUGGCUUCUAACACAGAUUUCUCAUCUUCUGGAGGUCAGAAGUCUGAAACAGGACUUACCAGGACUAAAAGCAAGGUCUCUGUAGGGCUGGCUUCCUUCUGGAGACUCAAGGGAGAAUUCAUACCUGGCCUUUUCUGGCUUCUAGAGGCCGUCCACGCGGGUUCCUUGGUGUGCAGCCCCUUCCAGCAUGGCGCCACUCUGACACGUGCUUCUGUCGUCACCUUUCCUGCUCUGACUCUGACCCUCUUGCCUGCUCUUACAAGGAACCUUGGGAUUACAUUGAGCCCACUUGGAUGACCUAGGAUAAUCUCCCCACCUGAAGAUCCUUACCUUCAUCCCAUCUAUAAAGGCUCCUUUGCCACAACUGGUUAAAGUCCUACGGCUAUCUGCUUCCCUCUGACUCACGGGCGCCCGCGCUGCACUCAGGGAAGGCCUUACAGUCAGCAGUCUCCACUAUGCAGCAGUUUUACGGGAUCCCAGUCACCGGUGUGUUGGAUCAGACAACAAUCGAGUGGAUGAAGAAGCCCCGAUGCGGUGUCCCUGAUCACCCCCACCUAAGCCGCCGGCGAAGGAGCAAGCGCUACGCCCUGACGGGACAGAAGUGGAGGCAGAAACACAUCACCUACAGCAUCCACAACUACACCCCAAAGGUGGGCGAGCUAGACACGCGGAAAGCGAUUCGCCAGGCUUUCGAUGUCUGGCAGAAGGUCACCCCGCUGACCUUUGAAGAGGUGCCAUACCAUGAGAUCAAAAGUGACCGGAAGGAGGCAGACAUCAUGAUCUUCUUUGCUUCUGGUUUCCAUGGCGACAGCUCCCCAUUUGAUGGAGAAGGGGGAUUCCUGGCCCACGCCUACUUUCCUGGCCCAGGGAUUGGAGGAGACACUCACUUUGACUCAGAUGAGCCGUGGACACUAGGAAACGCCAACCAUGAUGGGAAUGACCUCUUCCUGGUGGCUGUGCACGAGCUGGGCCAUGCGCUGGGACUGGAGCACUCCAACGACCCCAGUGCCAUCAUGGCGCCCUUCUACCAGUACAUGGAGACACACAACUUCAAACUGCCUCAGGAUGAUCUCCAGGGCAUCCAGAAGAUCUACGGACCUCCAGCCGAGCCCCUGGAGCCCACAAGACCACUCCCCACGCUCCCCGUCCGCAGGAUCCACUCACCGAGUGAAAGGAAGCAUGAGCGCCAGCCCAGGCCCCCUCGGCCACCCCUGGGGGACCGGCCAUCCACACCGGGUGCCAAACCCAACAUCUGUGAUGGCAACUUCAACACAGUGGCGCUCUUCCGAGGCGAGAUGUUUGUGUUUAAGGAUCGCUGGUUCUGGCGCCUGCGCAAUAACCGGGUUCAAGAGGGCUACCCGAUGCAGAUCGAGCAGUUCUGGAAGGGCCUGCCCGCCCGCAUAGAUGCAGCCUACGAAAGGGCCGAUGGGAGAUUUGUCUUCUUCAAAGGCGACAAGUACUGGGUGUUUAAGGAGGUGACGGUGGAGCCUGGGUACCCCCACAGCCUAGGGGAGCUGGGGAGCUGUCUUCCCCGAGAAGGCAUCGAUACGGCUCUGCGCUGGGAACCAGUGGGCAAGACCUACUUUUUCAAAGGUGAACGGUACUGGCGCUACAGCGAGGAGCGGCGGGCCACGGACCCUGGCUACCCUAAGCCCAUCACUGUGUGGAAGGGCAUCCCACAGGCUCCCCAGGGGGCCUUCAUCAGCAAGGAAGGAUAUUACACCUACUUCUACAAGGGCCGGGACUACUGGAAGUUUGACAACCAGAAACUGAGCGUGGAGCCAGGCUACCCACGCAACAUCCUGCGUGAUUGGAUGGGCUGCAACCAGAAGGAGGUGGAGCGGCGGAAGGAGCGGCGGCUGCCCCAGGACGAUGUGGACAUCAUGGUGACUAUCAACGACGUACCAGGCUCUGUGAAUGCUGUGGCUGUGGUCAUCCCCUGCAUCCUGUCCCUCUGCAUCCUGGUGCUGGUCUACACCAUCUUCCAGUUCAAGAACAAGGCAGGCCCUCAGCCUGUCACCUACUAUAAGCGGCCAGUACAGGAGUGGGUGUGAGCAGCCCAGAGCCCUCUCUGCCCACUCGGUCUGGCCAGCCAGGCCCUUCCUCAUCAGGGUCUGAGGGGCAGCUCUGGCCACUGCCCACUGCGGCCAGCAGGGCCCUAGGCCAGGGGUCAUGCAGCUGAAGUGGUAGGUACAUUGGCCUAGGCUGAGUUUAGGGCAGGGAGUGAUGGUGGCUGUGCCCCAGGGUGGGCGUCUGGAACCCGGCUGCCAGCCUUCUGUCCUGGGUAAACUGCUCCCUACCCAAGGGAAGAGGCCAAGCCCCAUCAGGAGGCAGGGACCAUGCCAGGAGGAGGCCCUGUGGUCACUGAAUCCUGUGGUAUCAAUGAGGCACCACAGCUCUGUUCCUGGCUGGACCCAGCACCUUCUGUGGAAGCCAGCACUAGCACUCUCAGCCCCAUCUGGGAGAUGCCACCAAUCCCGGUCCCCCUUUGCCAACACCUGCUGGUCAGAUGUCCCCCCACCCCCACCCCAUUGUCCUCCAAGGCUAUAAGACCCCUGCUGCCAACAUGGUGGGCAAAAAGCCUGGGUUUCCCCUGCUGGCAUUCAGCAGAUCCCUCAGGAAACCUGCUCCACACAUCAGGGUCUCCUCUGAGACCUAGGAUUUAGGGUCACAUGUUGCAGGCAGUGCUGUGGCCCAGCUGGGUCUGACAAGGACCCAGCUGUCACAUCGUGAAUAUUUAAAUGUCCUGUCACUACUGUUUUAAAAGUCCCAUUCUGCAAAGGCUGCUUGAGGCGUUAGGUGAAUUAGAGGUGACUAUCUUGGUGAUGAGGCCAGCGUGGCCGGCCCUUCCCCAGGAGGUAAGGACCAAGGUGCUGCUAAGGCCACUCUAGCGCCCAGACACCCCAGGAGCUAGAUUCUGCUCAUGAGGCUAAAGGGCUGGGGCAGGAGCUGACCUUCUUUCUGGAGGCUGAUCUGAGUUGUGACCAUCCUCCUCUCCUCUGUCCCGCUUCCCCACUCCUCUAGUCCCUGGCCCUGUUGCUUACGGUCUGGGGCUCAGCCUGACUAGUUAGGUGCAGCAGAAAUGGCUCCAGGCCAACAUUCUCAUGGCUUUGGGGUAACGGGCCCAGGGCAGCCUUCCGAAGUGUUCAGAGCCCACACCCCCAGCCACCCUGAGGCCAACUCAAUCUCUCAGCCUGGAAGUCAGUGUUUAUACAAGCUUGGCCCUUGCUAACCCAGCUCACUGGGCCCAUCUUCCUGCACUGCUCUUUGAAAAGGGGCACUCCUCAACUGGUAGUAGUUCCAAUGCAAGGGGCCCACCCUUCACUGUUGCUGGCAGGAAUUCCUAGGGCUCACCUUGCCUCUCUCCAAGCCGGCGGAGGCAGCUCCCUUUGUCACUGAGAGCCCUAGGCAAGACCAAUGGGUUCAGUGGUGCCCACGGGCUCUCUGCCAAAGCCAAAAGGAGGUAUCAGUCCUCAGGGUGCUGGCAGAGCCUCGGAUGCCAUCCUGGCCCUCUGAGCCUGCAUGGGCCUUGCCCCUACCCUGUGGCCUCGGGGCUUUGGGUUGGCUUAACCUGUAGCAGACAGGGACUACUAUUGCCCUGGGAGCUGUCUUGAGCAAAAUCUCUCUUGUCCCAGAGGCACCUAUGUGGGUCCACUGUGUUCCCUGUCAUCAUCCUUCUGUUUUUUCUCAUUUUGGCCAAGGGCGGGCUCCCUGGGGCGGGUGGGGAACAACUGCAGAGAUAUUAGUGAUUCAUAGGUUUGUAUAGUGUUUUAUACUUUGCAAAGCACUUUAUUAGCUCAUACCUGUCCACUCACAUGAAACUCGUGUAGGCCCUGGGAAGCCUAGGGUAACUCUCGCCGUGCCCUCAAAUGAAGCACAGAGAGGUUGUUUCUCGCCCAGGCUAUCAGGUGGUCUGGCUGGGCCUUGGGUCCCCACCUAUGGACGCCUCUAGGGUCCAAGAUGAGAUCAGAAGGGUCUCUUUUAUCCAUCUCUUCCUGGCCUCCCUUUUCCCCUUCUAGGUCCCUCUCCACUCCUCAGGUUGGUGCUCUCACUUCUUGAAAGCUCUAGGCUCCCCAGGCUCCCCACUGGCUCCUGGUACUACCGAGGUCAGCUGAGAAAGAGCAGGAGAUGGAGGCAGGCAGCGCAGGCUGCAGAUGUGAGGGAUGCAGGUCAGGCCCAGAGAGGGCUCAGCCUGGAGGCUUCCAAUCUCGGAUUCUCCUGUCCUGUGGUCAUCUGUUUGUCCAUCACCCCAGGACAGGGCAGACAGACAGAGGGGCACAGCACUGGGGACCCCAGAGCCCAGCUUCCCUCGGCCUGGGGAACAUCACAGCAUUUCAGUGUCGGUCACAUUUUAAACUG